CCGCAACAGAGAAGCAUAAACAUGAGACGGAGGAACACGGCAGACGCGAGAGCAGGAAACGUUUGAUUUCAACAGACGUAGCGAAGUGAAUCAGUGCCAGCGACCACAUAAUAGCGCUACUUUCGCCUCCAAAGGAAUUUUUGGAAACGUCGCACAUCAGCUUUUGGAGCAAGGAAGGCGCAGAAAAUAACGAAAUCCUCCAGCUUGCAUAAAAAGACUGAGAGUGCGAAGAGAGAGAGGGGGAGAGAGGGAGACAGAGACGCAUGAGUCCAGAACAGAAAGUUGUUUCGGAAAACAAACUAGAAGGAACUCAGAGUGUUAUAGCAUAGCACACUAAAACCAUGCUGUCUCUUUACAGCGUGGGAUAGUUGCUGUUUCUCCCACAGUUUAACGGAUCGCGCAUUUAGUAGCUUGAAUCCUACUAAACAAAAGUUUGUCGUGAGGGACGUGUAAACCAAUACAACAGAAAUCCGGACAUUUUUACGGGAACUGCAAACCCUUUUACAUGCUAGUUUAGAACGGUGUGUUCCUUUUAUUAGGUUAAUUUCGACAAGGUUUUACCUCUCAGGAUUGAUUUUGGGGAAUCGGGAGUGGGUUUGGAUUAUAUAUUUUCCACUUUUGCUUCAUGGCCUCCUCCAGGAUGUAUCUUCUAGCGAAAUGCAUUCUCAUUUGCCAACUUAUGAUCUUGAUUGCGAAGAACAGCCGGGCGUUAUUGUGCCUGCCGUGCGACGAGUCGAAAUGCGAGGAACCGAAGCAGUGUAAGGGGGCCGUGGUGCCUGGAAUCUGCGGGUGCUGCACGGUCUGCGCAAAGCAGAAGAACGAGAGCUGCGGCGGCAUGUACGGUCUGUACGGAACUUGUGACCGGGGGCUCCGGUGCGUGAUCAGACCCCUGGUAAACGGCGGCUUCAUCACCCAGUUUGAGGUCGGAGUUUGCGAAGAUGAAAACUGGGACGACGACCAGCUACUGGGAUUCGAGCCGUGCAACGAAAACCUGGUCACCGGCUGCAACAUCAUCGAUGGGAAGUGCGAAUGCGAUAGCCUGCGGACGUGCAAUAACCCAUUCGAGUUCCCCAGCCAGGAUACCUGUCAGACAGCCCUGAAGAAGAUUGAAGAGGAGCGACCGGACUGCUCAAAGGCGCGUUGCGAGGUCCAGUUCUCGCCGCGCUGCCCCGAGGACUCGGUGCUGAUCGAGGGCUACGCGCCACCGGGCGAGUGCUGCCCGCUGCCCAGCCGCUGCGUGUGCAGCCCCGCCGGCUGCCUGCGCAAGGUCUGCCAGCCCGGCUACCUCAACAUCCUGGUGUCCAAGGGCUCGGGCAAGCCGGGCGAGUGCUGUGACCUGUACGAGUGCAAGCCAGUGUUCAGCGUGGACUGCACGACAGUGGAGUGUCCCCCCAUACAGCCGGUGCAGUGUCCACCCGACAGCUACGAGACGCAGGUGCGACUGACCGCGGAUGGCUGCUGCACGCUACCCACAAGGUGUGAGUGUUUGCCCGGGCAGUGUAGCCUCCCUCAGUGCCCAGCUGGAACCUCCCCUCAAGUCGUCUCCCAUGGCGACAGUACCCCUGGGAGGUGCUGCGAUGUGUUGGAGUGUGUCAACGAGACCAAGCCGGCGUGCACCUUUAACGGGAUAGAGUACCAGGAUGGGGACAUGUUCCGCAUGGACGCCUGCCGCUUCUGCCGCUGCCAGGGGGGCGUGUCCGUCUGCUUCACUGCCCAGUGUGGCAUCCUCCACUGCGAGCGCUACUACGUCCCCGAGGGCGAAUGCUGCCCCGUGUGUGAAGACCCAAUCUACCCGGUGCUCAACUUCGCCGGCUGCUACGUCAAUGGGCAGAUCCUGGCCCACGGCGACCAUUGGCGAGAGGAUGACUGCACCUUCUGCCAGUGCGUGAGUGGCGACGCCCGCUGUGUGGCGGCCGCCUGCGGACACAGCUGCCUCCACCCGGUCACCGUGCCAGGCGAGUGUUGCCCCGUCUGCGAAGAGCCAUCCUACAUCACCAUGGCGCCCCCUGCCUGCGGCAGGCUGAAGAACUGCUCGCUCACGGAGCUCGACUGCCUCUUCGGCUUCCGUCUGGACGCCUCCGGCUGCCGCACCUGCCACUGCAAGACCCGUGAGGAGCUGUGUAGCGGCCUGAUAGCCAGCUGCACCCUCAAGUGCCCGUUCGGCUUCCAGACGGAUGCCCAUGGCUGUGCUGUGUGCCAGUGUCGCCCGCGACCCAAGAAGUGCAAAGCUGUGGCCUGCGAAAAGGAGUGCCCUUUUGGCUUCAUAAAGAACAAGCAUGGCUGUGACCUGUGCCGCUGCAAGAAAUGUCCAGAGCUGCCAUGUGACAAGUCCUGUCCAAUGGGCUUCCAGCAGGACCAGCUGGGCUGCCUCAUUUGCCAGUGCAGAGAUCAAACCGUAUCAUCGGUGGCACCGUCAGUGAAGCUCGGCUCAUGCUUGUCCAUGGAUGGCCGUCGCCAUGAGAACGGCGAGAACUGGCAUGACGGCUGCCGCGACUGCUACUGCCACAACGGCCGGGAGAUGUGCGCCCUCAUCUCUUGCCCCGUGCCCGCCUGUGAGAGCCCCACCAUCCGCCCUGGCCAGUGCUGUCCCUCAUGCCCAGACGAGCUUCCCCCCAUAAGCCCGGUGCUGAUGACUCGUCGUGUGUGCCCCCCCUCGGGCGGCGAAAAGUACUUUGUGGAGGGCGAGACCUGGAACAUCGACUCGUGCACACAGUGCACCUGCCACAGUGGGCGGGUGCUGUGCGAGACCGAGGUGUGCCCACCCCUGCUGUGCCAGAACCCAAUCAGGUCGCAGGACUCCUGCUGUCCACACUGCCCAGAGGAACCUGUGACCCCGCAGUCACCCAGCAACGACAGCAUGCCCAGCUACUGCCGCAACGAGGAGGGCGACAUCUUCCUGGCGGCCGAGUCGUGGAAGCCCAACAUGUGCUCCAGCUGCGUGUGUCUGGACGGCACCAUCAGCUGCUUCUCGGAGACCUGCCCGCCGGUGGCCUGCGCCCGGCCUGUGCUCCGCAAGGGACAGUGCUGCCCCUACUGCCUGGACGCCACCCCCAAAGCCGUGUGCCACUUCAACGGGAAGACGUACAUGGACGAGGAGCGCUGGGACAUCGACAGCUGCACACACUGCUAUUGCCUGCAGGGCCAGACCCUCUGCUCGACGGUCAGCUGCCCCGCCCUGCCCUGCCACCAGCCAAUCAUCGUGGAGGGCAGCUGCUGCCCCAUGUGCCCUGAAAUGUAUGCCCCGACCAACGUCCCCAUCGAGAAGACUGACCAGAAAGACAAGAUCCCUCAUCAGCCUGCCUGGCCUACCCACAGCGAGAACGACAUCAUGCCUCAGUUUAGAGGUGACUUUGGCAGUCUGCAGAUGCCCUACCUGGAUGGCAAGGCGCCGCUGCCCCGCGAGGAGCGCACGCUGCAGUCGGUGGCAUGGGUGGCACUGCCCGUGGCCAUGAUGCUGCUGGUCAUCGCCGCCCUGCUGCUGCUCAACCAGAAGAAGCAGUGGAUACCCGUGCCCUGCUAUCGUACGCCCACCAAGCCCACCUGUCUGAACAACCAGCUGGUGUACGUGGACUGCCAGAAGGGCACCAAGGUGCAGGUGGACAGUGCCCAGCGGAUGCUGCGGAUGGCUGACCCGGACUCCAGAUACAGCGGCUACUACAGCAUGCAGAAGCACAACAACCUGCAGGCAGACAACUUCUACCAGACUGCCUGAGCCAGAGAUGGAUGGAUGGAUGGAGAGAGAGAGAGAGAUGAAGAGACAGAGAGUGAGAGAGAGAAAGAGAGAGGGAGAGAGUGAGGAGGAAAGGAAGAGACUUUGAGUGAACGACCUGCAGCAGCCCAAACACGAAGAAUGCGUGACCACCUGAUAUGAGAGUGCUGGAAGAGAAAGAAAGAGAGAAAGAAUAGAAAGACCUGAGAGAAAGAGGGAAGAAACGAAAGACAUUGGCCGAAACAAUCCACACACCAUACCAACAGAGAAGAAAAGUUAAAAGCAACAAAACUGUACAAGAAAUACAAAGCCUCCCACCAUUCAACAAACAAAUAAGCAAGAAAACAAGACAGCUGACAAUCUCAUCCAGACAUGAAAAUCACAAACCAAAAUGCAGGAAUGAUAACUAUUUGAAUGGGAGAUGAAAACUGUUCCUAAGUAUGUGUGCAAAAGAUAGUUGUGUGUGUGUGUGUGUGUGUGUGUGUGUGUGUGUGUGUGUAGGUGCAGGUGUGUUCAUUUGAAAUCAGAUGUAUGUGAGAUUAGGAUGAUUUUUGUUUUGAGUAAUCUCUUCCUGCAUUCCUGUUCAGUUUGUCAGAAGAAGGAAAGUGUUUUUUUUUUUUUGGUUGUUUUUUUUUCCCCGAGGACACAACGGCACCCCCUCGCGCGCGUGUACCAGUGCGACUGUGGACGCUAGUUUGACCCGCUGUACCAAAGCUCUCUCUUUUUUUUCUAUCCCAUAAUAACCACCCAUCCCCACGAGGGCUGUAGUCACGGGAACCUUGUGAACUUUCUGGAACACAGUGAAAGAAAGGGAGAAGAGAGGAGGGG